GGUGUUACUACUGAUCGGAAAACAAUUAUAACAUACGCAUAUCAACAAUUAUAUUCAGUGGAUCUAGGUACACACCGUACUCAUGACAUGCUCACGUGGCAGCAGGCUAUAAAUAUUAGGCAACAGGUUGUCAUCGUGUCAUUGUGGGCUACUCCGCCGACCAGAGCAGAGCCUCACUGACGAAGACGCGCACGAGGAACCUGUAUUGACUCCACCAACCACAAUGAAGGCCCAACGCGUCACGAGAACCGGCAGCUCAGGAACGCCCAAAGAACAAAUUCUCAGGACGUACCAGAGGGCUGUGUUCUCCACGCUGUUCUUGGGUUAUGCCUGCUACACGUAUAACAGGAAGAGUGUGUCUUAUGCUAUGCCGACGCUCCUGGCUUCGGGGUUCAUUACCACGGCUACUGUGGGUGCAAUUACUAGCUGCCAGAACACGGCUUAUGCAAUUAGCAAGUUCCUAGGCGGGGUUCUCUCAGACAGGAUCAGCGCUCGGGUCCUCUUCGCUAUGGGACUGGCUCUGAGCGGGGGAAGCACACUGCUCUUUGCGAGAACUGAAGACCCGAGACUCUGGGCUUUGUUGUGGUUCGCUAACGGCUUCGCGCAGGGAGCUGGGUGGCCGGCGUGUGCGAAGUUACUGAAGAAGUGGUUCAGCCCGGCCAACUUCGGCACGUGGUGGAGCGUGCUGACGGCCAGCAGCAACGUGUCAGGAACCGCGUCGCCUCUCAUCGCAGCCUACGUCAUUGUGCACCACGGCUGGAGCGCCUCCCUUAUCCUGGCAGGUCUGGUGUCUAUCAUGAUGGCGGGCGUGUCUCUCGUGGCGUUGGUGGACGAUCCCGCCCACGCCCACCUCCCCGACCCGACCGCCUCCUCCCGCCCUUCCCCGCCCACCAAGCCGAAGCAAGAGAAGGACGUAGCCACUAAUAAUACCAACAUGACGGUGAGGGACCUCGCUCGUUCUCCCUUUCUGUGGGUGGUUUCCGUGAGCUACAUGGUCGUCUUCUGCAGCAAAACAGCGCUGUCAGACUGGGGGCAGAUCUAUCUCAUUGAGGAACUUGGAAGGUCUCAAAUGCAAGCGAGUUCCUUCACGAGUGCAAUCGAAACAGGAGGCUUCAUCGGUGGAAUCCUCGCCGGUGUGAUCACGGACAAGAUGGCACGGCGGCUGAGAAUAGUAGGGAACGUCAGGCUCUUGGUCGCGGCCGGUUUCAUGGUUGCCUGCGCCGUCGGCCUCCACCUGCUGUGCAAUCUCCUGUCGCCGCAGUCAUCUCAGCUCCUCGUGUCCGCCGUGGGUGUGUUGCUCGGAGCCAGUAUGUUUGGCCCGAUUUCCAUCUAUGGCAUUGUGGCAUCUGAAUCCUUCCCCGCCCAUCUGUCUGGCACUGCGCAUGCCGUGGUGGCCCUCGCUGCCAAUGUGGGCGCUGUGGUCGCUGGCUGGCCGCUGAGUUGGGUCGCCAGGACCUUCUCGUGGAACGGGGUCUUCCUGCUUCUCGAGAUCCUGGCUGCGUCUUCCGUGCUUCUCAUCCUCGUCAGCAGAAGAAUACACAUCACACUCAAGGCCAAGGAGCAGUAGAAUGAUUAUAUGUGUAUAUAUCUAUAUUUUAUUUUCUUCCUUUUGUAAUAAUAAUAGUUUUAAAAAAGCGGAUUCAUUGGUUUAAGAUUUACCUUUUUUUUUUGCUUCUUUCUUUUUCAGUUAUUUUCAUUUUAUGUGUAAUUAUUUUCUUCUCAAGUCUCUUCUUUAUUUAUCAUUAUUAUAUAUUUAAUAUUAAUUAUAUUCAUGUCUUUAUCACAUAAGUUAGUCACUGUUCAUCUUUUCACAUACAACAAAUUUCUUUUGGUUAAGAAAUAUGUUGGCCUACAUACUAUGCAUGUAAACUUAUUUUCAAGUACUAUAGAUUUUAAGUCUCUAUAAUAGUAUGUAAAAAGUACGUGAAUCGCAUAUUAAAACAUCCAUCCAUCCUUUGUAUAUAAAUAAAUAAAAAAUAUACUUUAACAAA